AUGCCGCUUAUCAACACGAGAAGAUACAAACCACACAGGGAGGCCCAGACCCAUCAGGAUGCUCAGGGCUACAAGUGGGUCAGAUGGCGGGUGUGGUUGUGUCACCUUAUCGCCGUGCUGUCCCUUGGCCUUCUCUUGGUUUUGUUUCACUGGCACCCUCGGCUAGCUCUUUGGGCUCGCUGUUGCCGCUGUCCUUUGGCCCUCGCAGAUUUUGUUCUACUACGAGACAAUUUUGGCCAGAAGCAUGUAGUGAAGGUGCUCACUGAGGAAAUGGAGCAGGGCAGUUUGGAUUCAUUGGGUGAUGCAGAGGUUACCGAAUGUAACGACACUAUUCAGCUCAACCAGGAGAAUAAAACACUUCUGCGCUAUUACCUAUUUGAAGGCCUUCGAUAUGUAUGGCUGGACAAGAAGGCAGCAUUCUGUCUUGUGAGUGUCUUCAAUGAGGACUGGACCUGCAAGGACCUUCAUGGCUUCAAAAAUGGUUUGAGUCACCAUGAGCAGAACUUUAGGAGACAAGUAUAUGGGCCCAACCUGAUUGACGUACCAGUGAAAUCGUAUUUUACUCUAUUAAGAGAAGAGGUCCUGAACCCAUUCUAUGUGUUUCAGAUAUUUAGCAUGGGCCUGUGGAUGUUUGAUGAGUAUUACUCCUACUCUGCAUGUAUACUUACAAUCUCGCUGAUCUCCAUCAUUGUCUCACUUUAUGAGAUUCGCAAGCAAAGAGUCACUCUUCACAACAUGGCCCGCUUGGUCACCAAUGUCACAGUGAUAAGGAAGUCGGGAGAGCUGGAGAAUGUUAGUUCGACGGAGCUGGUGCCUGGUGACUGCUUAUGCUUACCCAAGGAUGGUCUGCUGAUGCCUUGUGAUGCGGCCCUGCUGGCAGGGGAGUGUCUAAUCGAUGAGGGCAUGUUGACAGGUGAGAGCGUCCCAGUGCUGAAAACUCCCGUGGUGGAUUCAGAGAAAAAAUAUAGCUCAGAAGCUGAGCGCAAACAUUCACUGUUCUGUGGAACGCACCUUAUUCGGGCCAAAGAGGGGCGUCCCGGAGACUGUGGCGCUGUUGCCGUUGUCACAGGCACAGGUUUUUUUACUGCCAAAGGUAGCUUGGUCAGCUCUAUUCUGUACCCUCAGCCCACCGACUUUCGUUUCUACCGAGAUGCUACAAAGUUCCUGCUCAUCUUGGGUUCUCUGUCUUUGAUUGGGACCAUUUACAGCUUUAUCAUCCUCUCAGGAUACGAAAUGAGCCCAAUUGAAGUGGUGAUCCGGGUUCUGGAUAUCAUCACCAUUGUGGUUCCUCCGGCACUGCCUGCCGCUAUCACAGUCGGUACCCUCUAUGCCCAGCAUAGGCUUAAGAAAAACGGCAUCUUCUGUAUUAGCCCGCCACGCAUCAAUGUCUGUGGCAAGCUGUCCAUGUUCUGUUUUGACAAGACAGGAACUCUGACAGAGGAUGGGCUUGACAUGUGGGGAGUGAUGGAGGGGCGAUAUGACGGUUUUUCGGAGGUUGUGGCUGACCCUAGGCUUCUCCCACGGGGGCCCUUACUGUCUUGCCUGGCCUGCUGUCACACUCUGGCCCUGCUGCAAGGGCAGCCUGUUGGUGACCCUUUGGAGCUAAAAAUGUUUCAAUCCACCGGUUGGACACUUCAGGAACCAGGGGAUGACGGCGGGGUACUGAAUGCGGAGUUUGGUGGGCACCGAGUAUUAGCCGUAACAAGACCUCCUUCAAAGCAGCUACCUUUUUAUGCAACUUCUACAAGUGAGCCUGUAGCGAUUGUGCAGCGGUUUCCCUUCUCUUCGGCCCUGCAGAGGAUGAGUGUGGUGACGGUGGCCUACGGCGGACGCUCUGCUUUAGCUUUCAUGAAAGGCUCUCCGGAGAUGGUCGCAAGCCUCUGCCGACAAGAGACUGUGCCGCCACAGUUCUCAAAGAAACUUUGCAGCUUUUCCAGUGAAGGUCUCCGAGUUCUUGCUCUUGGUUAUAAAACAAUGGACACAAGCAAGGAUCUGAGUUCAACUGAACGAGGGGAGGUAGAAAAAGACAUGCAGUUCUUGGGUUUGCUGAUGCUGAAGAACCUGGUAAAGCCUGAGAGUGCCAAGGUCAUUAGCACAUUGAGGCAGGCGAGGAUUCGAACUGUCAUGGUCACCGGUGACAACAUUCUAACAGCAGUCAAUGUUGCCCAAACCUGCGGAAUGGUGAGCUCUGAUGAGCGGGUCAUCUUUGUUGAGGCCACUGCCCGCGCGGCUCAAACCGCACCCACCCUGAGGUUCACGGCGGAAGAUGGAGACGGCACAUUAAUCACAACCCAGGGUCUCUACCAGGCAGAUUAUGACUAUCACUUGGCUAUUAAUGGGAGUUCAUUUGCUGCCCUCUGUGAUCACUUCCCUGAGCAUCUACCAAAGGUUUUGAUGCGAACGACUGUCUUUGCCCGUAUGGCACCUGACCAAAAAACACAGCUGGUGAAAGAACUCCAGAACCUGAAUUACAGAGUGGGCAUGUGUGGAGAUGGCGCGAAUGACUGCGGUGCCUUAAGAGCCGCUGAUGCUGGGGUGUCUCUGUCAGAGGCGGAGGCCUCCAUUGCUUCGCCUUUCACCUCCAAAACUGAAAACAUCAGCUGUGUACCACUACUCAUAAGAGAAGGUCGAUGUUCUCUGGUCACCGCGUUCAGCCUCUUCAGAUACAUGGCUGUGUACAGCAUAAUUCAGUUCUGCUCCGUGCUCAUCCUAUACACAGUGAGCACCAAUCUGGCUGACCUACAGUUCCUGUUCAUUGACAUCGUGCUGGUGACGUUGCUAGCUAUCGUGAUGGGCAAAGGCGGCCCCAGUGAGGAACUAAGCCCCAACCGGCCUCCGGCCAAUCUGCUGACCUUGUCCGUUUUAGGCAGCCUCUUCAUUCACAUCAGUGUGAUUAUCGCGGGACAGCUGGCUGUGCUGUUCAUCACGGCCUCACAGGAUUGGUAUAUUCCCCUCAAUUCCACAGUGUUUGGGACUGACAACCUACCCAACAUGGAGAACACCUGCGUGUUUUCUUUGUCCGGGUUCCAGUACAUAUUCAUGACAGUGGUGGUCACUAAGAAUUACCCUCACAAGAAACCUCUCUACCACAACGUGAUUUUCCUGUGUUUACUCCUCAUCCUGUUUGCCGUGAUGACCUGUCUGGUGUUGUAUCCUGGUCAGUUUUUCAUGGAGAUAAUGCAGCUCUACGACUUCUCUGACUUCAAUUUCAAGUUACUGAUUGUUGCUCUGGCUGCCCUCAAUUUCCUCAUUUGCUUUAUUGUGGAGAUGCUAGUUGAUGUUGGUGUCUUGAACUAUCUUCGUUGCCUCUGCCGGAAGCGUUUAUCCAAGAAAAAGUUCAAACACCUCAACUCCAUCCUGUGUGACCGUUCAUGGCCCCCCCUCAACCAAAUACUGUACCCCUCGGAGCACACAGUCAAUGGCAUAAACUAG